GCCGACGCCAACUAUCAACAUGGAUACUCCUCUAGUGAUUCGCAGUAGACUAUUGAAAAAAUAUCCCGAAUUAAUGUUUUGCCCGACGUGCAUGAAUGUUCUCAAACAACCGACCACCAAUUUUUGUGGACACACACGAUGCGCUAGGUGCACAAGAUCGGAACCAUGCAUUUGCGGUUUUAUGGCCAAUUGUCGUUUAGAAGUCAAUAAAGUAAUUGAAAACAUCAUUCAAGAUAUACUAUAUUACAGAGAAAAAUGGAUUUACAAAAUGAUUAUAUCGAAACCAAGAAAGGUCGGAAUCUACCGUGCAGUUCAUUCCCAUGGAAGAAUUACGAAAAGGUCAAAAUACGUCGUAAGAAUUAGAGUAAAUCCAAUCAAAGUGCGCAUUGUGACGACAAAAGAUCCGGAACUGUCAAAUAUCCAAGACUUCAUACACCGAGCUGACAUGGAGUGCUCGAUAUGCAAGGACACGUUCACCACGCCGAUCACCACGCCGUGCGGGCACAUGUUCUGCAAACUGUGCAUUGAGUGCCAUAUGUUCUAUAGCGCCACCUGUCCCCUGUGCAAUGCGCCGCUGAAUAAGUUUAAUGCUGCUGAGUCAUCCCAGACCAGGUAUAUGGCGAUAAUACUUUCGCGAUUGGGCUGCUACAACGAACCACCUGUGGAAAAGGAAUAUUUAUUGCCACUUGUUAAAGUUGGCUCUGGAUACCCAGAAGUACUGUGUGCUAUUAUGUUUUCCCCAAAUACCAGAAAAUUUUUGGAAAACUUAAUGAAUUCUUCGAAACCCGUAUUUGGUAUAAUCGGCGAUUUUGAAGACGAUGAAGAUUUUGGCACAGUGAUCGAAAUAAGAGAUUGCGUACAACUGCCAAAUGGCUCGUUCUACGUGACGGGAAUAGGUGUGCGCCGCUUCAAAAUUUUGGGAAAAUACAGAAACACUAGAUUUGCCCUUGCUCGGGUUGUAAAUAUUUAUGAUGUAGAGGAAAAAGGGGCCAGAUUCGAAGAAUUGGUAAAAUCAGCCAAGUCCAUUAUAUCCAUGGCUAAGGAUUGGCUCUCGGUCAUGAAUCCCGAGAUGCGUCGUCAAGUGGAACUGAUCUUUGGGAGACCGACGUUGGACCAGAUUGAUAUACGAAACAGUUUCAACAAGAACGGCCCUACCUGGCUAUGGAGGCUAAUCAAUAUUUUGCCCAUUAAGAAAUGCUUGCUGUACCUGCUGCUUGGCCAAACGAGUGUCGCAGUUCGCAUGGCAGUGGUUAAGCGUUUGACCAAAAGGGCCAUCAUGAUCGAGCUGCAGAAAUACAGAGCGACUCGGUCGCACAGGACUUUGAGUAUAUGAGAUAAUGAGAGUGAAAUGAAUUUCACUAUAAUGAUGUACAUUUACUUAGGAUUUGUUUUUUUGUUGAUAUGGAGGAAGUUUUAUAGUUAUCUUUUUGCUACAAUAAUUGCAUACCUUUUCUAUAUAUUCAUUCAUUAAUGUCUUGUAUUUUUGAUGCUGGUGUUUUUAGCGCGCCGUACCAUCCUUGAAUUAGAUUGUAUUCUGUAUAGUAUGGGAUCCCUGGUACACUUUUCGUCAGUUAUUACUAACAAGCUGAUUUUUUGUUAGUAGCUUCCUUUAAUAUAGACGCCCAUUAAUUACCCUUGCUAUCCCUGUUAGGCUGCCAUUUACCAACAUUACUGUAAGGAAAAAAGUUAGGUGCCUAGUCAAAAGGAAGAUACUAACAAAAAAUCUGCGUAUAUAGAUAUAACUGAUGAAAUAGUAACCAGGUAUCCCAUACUAAUAUAUUAGAUUGUAUUGUGAUUACUGAUUCUAGACGUCGAUUGUAUUCUAUAUCAGUACACCCGUCAUGGUACUGUUGCUGGCAACAUUUUGUGCAGCUUAGAACUCCAGUUACUUACGUUUUUUUGUUUUUUUUUUUUAUAAAUUUUUUACUCUAUUUUUUUAUUUAAAUACAUAGAAGAGAAUUAUUACCUCUAAUAAUACGAUCAUUAUGAUUGCGUCGUCUAUUAGUAUCAAAUUGUGUUGAUCAUAUUUGAUAUUUGAUUAGUAUUAGGAUUAAUGAUUAUUGUGAUCUCAAUGUUAGUUCGCUAGAUAAGUGUAAAUAAAUUCGCACUAAAGAUACAUUUGCGUAAAUGUGAUUCACUUGCCAUGUUUAACGUGCAUAAGUUAAUAUUUCAUAAGUCUAAGGCCGUGUUUCCACCUGCAAGUAAACUCGCGGAAGUCUUGCAUGAGUUACUUGCAAUAUCGUUUACAUAUCCUGCAAUUUAUUGCUGCAAUAAAUGUCAUGAGAGAAGCUCGCGGGUCGUCUCAACUUAUCGCGGAGGUGUUGACACACCAGAUCUUGCGAGUGUCGGGAUAGGAAUCUGUCACAAUUUUUCUAUUCUAUUUUGUGAAAUAAUGUCGUCAAGAUGCGCACGUGUAGUAGCCACAUUAACAAUUUUACUGUCGAAAAAGAAAAAAAGAUCAAUUUGGGUUCGAGCAAGGUUCGAGACUGGAUUUCUAGGAAACAUGAAGCUGGUACUUACCAUGAUUUAUUGCGCGAAAUACAACUGGAAGAUGGUCAAUAAUAAAAAAAAUUAUUUACAUUAGUUCAUUAGAUCAUUUUACAUUGAUAUAGUACACAUUAUAAAUUAUAGUACCUAUAAGCAAUAUUACAAUUUUAUUUAUUACAAGUUGAUUAUUUUUAUUGACCAUCUUCCAGUUGUAUUUCGCGCAAUAAAUCAUAGUAAGUACCAGCUUCAUGUUUCCUAGAAAUCCAGUCUCGAACCUUGCUCGAACCCAAAUUGAUCUUUUUUUCUUUUUCGACAGUAAAAUUGUUAAUGUGGCUACUACACGUGCGCAUCUUGACGACAUUAUUUCACAAAAUAGAAUAGAAAAAUUGUGACAGUAAUUCCUAUUCCGACACUCGCUAGAUCUGGUGUGUCAACACCUCCGCGAUAAGUUGCGACGACCCGCGAGCUUCUCUCAUGACAUUUAUUGCAGCAAUAAAUUGCAGGAUAUGUAAACGAUAUUGCAAGUAACUCAUGCAAGACUUCCGCGAGUUUACUUGCAGGUGGAAACACGGCCUAUCUAAACUUUACUUUAAUAUGCCAUAGAGUAUAUUUUAGAAUAAAACACGCACAGAAUAUUUCAAAUUGUAGUGAAUAUUUUUUACUUAAAUUUUAACUACAUAACUAAAUAUAUUCGUAAUAUUUUCUCUUUUUAUUAAAAAGCAUUUAUAUAAGCAACUUUUGAUCAAAAAAAUGAGAGAGGAGAAAAGAAUAAAGAGACUUAAAACAUAAAGAAUACAAUAAUCUCGAUUGCUAAAGCGUGGCUAUAGCGGAUUUCUGAGAGGCCUUAAAGUACUCCAAAGUAUACCUUCGAACUUUUUUCUUUUUUCAUUAUUUUACUAUAGAUACAGACACACAAUAUUUCUUACUGUAGUACCUACUUACUUCCUAUUACGUUUUUAUAAUGACUGAUUAAUUUCAAUUUUAGAAGGGAGACAAAGAACCAAUGAUUUAAUCAAAUAACACUUUCGAGGACUUAAAUAAAUGGUCCUACUAAAUAUUAUAAUAUGUGUAGAAGGUAAAUGAGAUCUCGUUAGAGAUUGUAGUAACUUUUGCGAUUUUCUAUGUGUCACUAAUUUUUGUAUUCUAAGUGCAGAACAUUUCUACCAAUUAAAGACUUAUAAUGUGUGUUCCAAAUUUUAUAAUAGCGAUAUUGUUUAGUGCGAAUAUAAAAUAAGAAAACACUAUUGUGGUAUUAGUUAAGUUUAUAAGAUAAGUAAAUGUUUUUUUUUCGUUAUUUUUGUAAUAGAAAUUUAAGAUUCAAUAAGCUCCAUGAAAUUAAUGUAAAAACGGGAUUGUGUUUUUAAAAAAUAAUUUUGUGGAGCUUAUUUCUCAAGCCGUAGACGGCCCUUGUCGCAGUGCGAUACCAACAGUUCGGCAUCGCACGGUAUUUAUUAAUUAUUAUUUAUGUCAACUGCAAGUUUAUCCGUUGUUCAUGGAUGUAAAAGAAAAUUUUUCAAAUUUCUAUUUAACUAAGUGAGUAGAGGCAGAUAGGUAAUUGUCAUUGUUUUCUAGUUAUUAAGAAUUAUCGGAUAAGCUAUGUCUGUAAUAGAUUCCGGUGUAAAAACAAGACUACGUUUACUAAUGGAAAGCAUUUAGAAACAUGCUAUUUGUAUUGUCUAAGGUCUCAGCUAAAAAUUAUUAUCUUUUCCUUAGAUAAAUUAUACGUGUGUAGUUGAUUGUACUUCCACUAUUUGAUUAAAAUGUUUGUGUGAUCAGAAUGUAUAAUUCUACUACUUAAAAAAUUAAACAACUUAAAUUUACUGUUAGAAAGAAGUUUUUUGUUUGUUGAUUGUGAAAAUAAAAUAAGCAGUAUUAUUUACAUUCUGUGUGUAAAAAAUAAAAAAUGAAACGUGA